AUGAGUGUGGAGGCGUACGGGCCGAGCUCCCAGACCCUCACGUUCCUGGACACGGAGGAAGCGGAGCUGCUGGGAGCGGACACCCAGGGCUCCGAGUACGACUUCACCGACUUCACCCUGCCGAGCCAGACCCAGACCCAAGGCCAGAGCCAGCUCGACGGACAGGUUAAUGGUCCUGAUGGGAUCCUGCAGAAUGGAGACGACCCUGUGGUAAAAGCCAGUCAGCUGCUGGCAGAGCUGAACUUUGAGGAAGAUGAGGAGGAUACCUACUACACCAAGGACCUUCCUGUCCAUGCCUGCAGUUACUGUGGGAUUCAUGAUCCAGCCUGUGUGGUUUACUGCAACACCAGCAAGAAGUGGUUUUGUAAUGGCCGUGGAAACACAUCCGGCAGCCACAUUGUAAACCACCUGGUGAGAGCAAAGUCCAAGGAGGUGACCUUGCAUAAAGAUGGACCCCUAGGGGAAACGGUGCUGGAGUGUUACAACUGUGGCUGUCGCAACGUCUUCCUGCUGGGCUUCAUCCCCGCCAAGGCUGAUUCAGUCGUGGUGUUGCUGUGCAGGCAGCCAUGUGCCAGCCAGAGCAGCCUGAAAGAUAUCAACUGGGACAGCUCACAGUGGCAGCCUCUCAUCCAGGACCGCUGCUUCCUGUCCUGGCUCGUCAAAAUCCCGUCAGAGCAGGAGCAGCUCAGGGCUCGUCAGAUCACCGCCCAGCAGAUCAACAAGCUGGAGGAACUCUGGAAGGAAAAUCCCACGGCGACCCUGGAGGACCUGGAGAAGCCAGGUGUGGAUGAGGAGCCGCAGCACGUCCUGCUCCGCUAUGAGGACGCUUAUCAAUACCAGAACAUCUUUGGUCCUCUAGUGAAGCUGGAAGCCGACUACGACAAGAAACUCAAAGAGUCACAGACUCAGGACAACAUUACAGUCAGAUGGGACUUGGGACUGAAUAAAAAGAGAAUUGCAUAUUUCAGUCUUCCCAAGACAGACUCAGAUAUGCGACUGAUGCAGGGGGAUGAAAUUUGCCUGAGGUACAAAGGAGAUCUGGCUCCUCCAUGGAAAGGCAUUGGACACGUCAUCAAAGUCCCUGAUAACUAUGGUGAUGAGAUCGCUAUUGAGUUAAGAAGCAGUGCCGGGGCUCCUGUGGAGAUCCCACACAACUUCCAGGUCGACUUUGUGUGGAAGUCAACUUCCUUUGACAGGAUGCAGAGUGCACUGAAGACGUUUGCUGUGGAUGAGACUUCAGUGUCUGGUUACAUCUACCACAAACUGCUGGGACACGAGGUAGAAGAUGUGGUCAUCAAGUGUCAGCUGCCCAAACGCUUCACCGCUCAAGGCCUGCCUGAUCUCAACCACUCCCAGGUGUAUGCUGUGAAGACAGUGCUGCAGCGCCCCCUCAGUCUGAUCCAGGGACCUCCCGGCACAGGGAAGACAGUAACCUCUGCCACUGUUGUCUACCACCUGGCUAGACAGGGUAACGGGCCAGUGCUUGUAUGUGCUCCCAGUAACAUUGCUGUUGACCAGCUGACAGAGAAGAUCCAUCAGACAGGACUCAAAGUGGUGAGGCUGUGUGCCAAGAGCAGAGAAGCCAUUGACUCGCCUGUCUCCUUCCUGGCUUUGCACAACCAGACCCGCAACAUGGACAGUAUGCCAGAGCUUCAGAAGCUGCAACAGCUGAAGGACGAAACUGGUGAGCUGUCAUCCUCAGAUGAAAAGCGCUACCGAGCUCUGAGACGUACCGCUGAGAGGGAGCUGCUUAUGAAUGCUGAUGUGAUUUGUUGUACCUGCGUUGGGGCGGGGGAUCCUCGUCUGGCUAAGAUGCAGUUCCGCUCGAUCCUGAUCGAUGAGAGCACCCAGGCCACGGAACCAGAGUGCAUGGUGCCUGUCGUCCUGGGGGCCAAGCAGUUGAUUUUGGUGGGGGAUCACUGCCAGCUGGGUCCUGUGGUGAUGUGUAAGAAGGCAGCUAAAGCAGGUCUGUCCCAGUCUCUGUUUGAGCGUCUGGUCGUUCUGGGGAUCCGACCAAUUCGUCUGCAGGUCCAGUACCGCAUGCACCCAGCCCUCAGCGCCUUCCCCUCCAACAUCUUCUAUGAAGGCUCUCUGCAGAACGGAGUCACUGCUGCGGACCGUGUGAAGAAAGGCUUUGACUUUCAGUGGCCGCAGCCUGACAAGCCGAUGUUCUUUUACGUCACACAAGGCCAAGAGGAGAUUGCCAGCUCCGGAACAUCAUAUCUGAACAGGACGGAGGCAGCCAAUGUGGAGAAAAUAACCACGAGGUUGCUGAAGGCUGGAGCAAAACCUGAUCAGAUUGGCAUCAUUACUCCAUAUGAGGGCCAGAGGUCCUACCUGGUCCAAUACAUGCAGUUCAGUGGCUCCCUCCAUACCAAGCUCUAUCAGGAGGUGGAGAUAGCCAGUGUGGACGCGUUUCAAGGCAGAGAGAAAGACUUCAUCAUCCUGUCCUGUGUGAGAGCCAAUGAGCACCAAGGCAUUGGCUUCCUUAAUGAUCCCAGACGUCUAAAUGUGGCACUCACCAGAGCCAGGUAUGGUGUGAUCAUUGUUGGAAACCCUAAGGCCCUGUCCAAGCAGCCCCUGUGGAACCACCUGCUGAACUACUACAAGGAGCAGAAGGUCCUGGUGGAAGGCCCCCUCAACAACCUGAGGGAGAGCCUCAUGCAGUUCAGCAAGCCACGGAAGCUGGUCAACACCAUCAACCCUGGGGGUCGAUUUAUGAGCACAGCCAUGUAUGAUGCCAGGGAAGCCCUCAUUCCUGGAUCUGUUUAUGACCGCAGCAGCAAUGGACGCAUGUCCAACAUGUAUUUUCAGACCCAUGACCAGAUCGGUAUGAUUGGCACAGGCUCUAAUCCCAUGACCUCAAUGAACAUCCCUAUCCCCUUCAACCUGGUGAUGCCCCCUAUACCGCCCUCUGGAUACAUGGGGCAGGCCAAUGGGCCCACAGGAGGUCGUGGUGGAGGUAUGAAGGGGAGGGCAGGCAGUGGAGGCGGGACUCGAGGUGGCCGUCAACGAAACCGUGGCAACAUGGGAAACCACGGUGGAGGGAAUGGAGGAGCGGACCGUGGGCAUGGAGGACAUAUGAGCGGCAGCCAGGCCAGUCAGGACCUGGGCUCCCAGUCCUUCUCCCAGGGUCCUCUGACGCAGGGCUACAUCAACAUGAGCCAGCCGUCACAGAUGAGUCAGCCCGGGCUCUCACAGCCAGAACUCUCCCAGGACAGUUACCUAGGAGACGAGUUCAAGUCCCAGAUUGAUGUGGCGCUGUCCCAGGACUCCACCUACCAGGGGGAGCGGGCCUACCAACACGGUGGUGUGACUGGACUGUCCCAGUACUAGACUGUUGCUGGAAAGGAGCUAGGCCUGUGUGAAGCUUAGUUCAUCGGAAUUUUAAUCUGGGUAAUAACAAAAAAGAACAAACAUGGAUACCCGUUUUCCACUGCUACAACCGAAGCACCACUGUGUGAAAGUAACAGGA